AUUAAACAAAAAAUCGCGAGUUGUAAUCAAAACAAGCGUGCUCAUGCUUCUCGCGUUCCAAUCGACGGAAUCAGAACCGCAGAUUUUAUAUUUUAUUCUGUGCCCACGAUGUACCCCGACCCGGAUGAUUACGCCAGUUUGGAAGGAGACCAGGAUGAGGACUUCGACCUGCAGCAGGAAAUCGCCCGCAGUGCCUUCGCCGAUAUGUGCCACGAUUGGGAACGCAACCAAAAGUACGAUCGUGCCCUGCAAUUAACGGUGGACCGGUUGCACGGCGAGGGUAAGGAAGUGCAUGUACUGGACAUUGGAACGGGGAGCGGUCUGCUGUCGAUGAUGGCCGUUCGUGCCGGAGCGGAUAGUGUGACGGCGUGUGAGGCAUUCCGCCCGAUGGCCGACUGUGCCGAGAGGGUGAUCGCUGCCAACGGGAUGGGCGAGAGGAUCCGACUAGUGAAGAAGAAAUCCACCGAGAUGGAGGUGGGGCCUGGAAGAGAUAUGGAGCGGAAAGCGAACGUCCUCGUGACGGAACUAUUCGAUACGGAGCUGAUCGGGGAAGGAGCUAUUGCUACGUACAGGCAUGCGUUAGAACAUCUGCUGGAGGAAGGUUGCCGUGUGAUUCCGGAUAAAGCCACCGUUUAUGCACAGAUAGUGGAGUGUCCGUUGGCCAUGAGCUGGCAGACGCCGAAACUCGUGAGUAAUUCGGAUGGGGAUGUGCUACUGCGAAUUCCAGAAGAAAUUGUCAACUGUCGAGGGUCAUCGGCCGUUUUCGAUGUACAGCUUAGUCAACUGCCAGUGGGGUGCUUUAACGCAUUGUCGGAACCGGUUCCGGUGUUCGAGUUCGAUUGGUCACGAAGGGAAAAUCUCGAAUUCAAACGACACUCCAGAAACCUGGUUAAUAUCGGAAAUUCAGGUAUACCGCAGGCAGUUUUCAUGUGGUGGGAUCUGCGAAUGGACCUUGAAGGAACCGUUCUGCUGUCCUGCGCUCCUUUUUGGGCUCAUCCAGAUUUCGAGGAACUGAAAUCUCAAACACGGAAACAGCCUUUUCCGGAAUCGAAUUUAAUACCCUGGCGAGACCAUUGGAUGCAAGCCAUCUAUUUUCUACCUCACUCGAAAACCCCUCUCGCCAAAGGUCAAGAAGUGGCAUUGGAUGCUUAUCACGACGAAUUUUCGUGGUGGUUCGGUUUGAACAAUUCCGAAUUGCACACUGGGCACUGUUCCUGCGGGAUUCACAUAGCUUAUUCGCGCUCUCGGAUAGGACAACUGAACGAUGGUCCACGGAAUAAGCGAAUACUGAACUAUAUGGAGGAAUUACUGGACCGGAAUUCCGUUGUUCUAGUGCUCGGAGAAGGAUCCCUUCUGGGACUGUCUUUAGCAGCCUUGGGUGCAAAGAAAGUCAUCCUCGUGGAACCGAAUCAGAUUUCCAGACAAUGCAUGGAGCGGUUUGUCGUAUAUAAUAAGAUAGAAGCCGUAGAAAUUCGAUCCAGCUUAGACGAACUAACGCCGGAAGAAACUUCCGAACUAUCCCACAUAUUCGGGGAACCAUUCUUCCGAUCCGCAAUUUUGCCCUGGGACAAUGCCAAUCAAUUCGUCGAGGAGUUGGACUGGGUGAAAACACGCCUUAAGCACGAGGUAACUGUUAUUCCGCAAAGCUUCAGCAUAUAUGGUGUUCCGGUCGAGUUUCUGGAUCUGCAGAAAAUUAGCGCUCCCUUGGGCACUUGUGAAGGUUUCGAUCUGAGCUUGAUGGAUGAAAUGAUUGAGGAACAUUCCAAGGUAGCUGAUUCCCCUGUAGAGGCUCAGCCGCUGUGGGAGUACCCAUGCUUCCCCUUGGGACCUCAAUGCAUGUUAAUUACUAUCAAUGUAACGGAGGGUGGGUCCCAAAAUCAACUGGAACAAGGCCAAAUCACUUUGACUCGGAAUCAUGUGAUCGAAGAAUGUAACGGCGUCGCCCUGUGGGCAGAGUGGCACAUGGUCAAUAAUGCCAGCCCAAAGAAUACCAUCAGCACGGGUCCACUAUCGGCCAUCGAUGAAAUAGCGAACAUUCCAGUCCGGUGGAACACGAACUGGAGACAAGGAGUCCAUCUGCUGAGGAAGCCACUCGACAAGACCGCGACGUCCCUCAACUGGACUGCCAAGUAUAACGCUCAGCUUAAGAUGUGCUUUUUCAGAUUCGAUUAGGUUUAUUGUAUCUGUCAUUCAUUGUAGGGGAAAUUACCUAUUCUCGGCCGAUUUGUUCUCUUCGUCUUUGGGUUUUUUUUUGAAACCUAUUGAACUCAGAAUUGGUCUCAAACCCUUCCCAACUAAGCUGAAUUAUAUGGCCAAGUUUCAGGCAAUUUGGCUGACAAAAACCCCUCAUGACGAAGAGAACAAACCUGCCGAUAAUACCCAUCGUCACCCUAUGUAAAUAUUCGUUGAUAUAAAAAUAAUAUAGAGCCAACAGGUUGGUCACAAAUACA